CAACACCAAGCCUCCCGGCAAUGACACAAUAAAGAUGCCUCCACUCGUCCGUCGCCGGCCGCUCAUCGAGCGCCUCAAAGCCUGGCUCGACCCACUGGACCUGCUGCUGUGGCUGGCGGAGGAGCUGAAUGAUGAUGCAUAUGAGCACUGGCUGCAGCUGUGGUCGACUCCCAUCGGCCUGGCACUGAACAUCGUCUUCAUUCUGGCCACGGGCGCGAGCAGAAGAGCAAGAGGCAGGGGCAGUGAUGAUGUGUUUGGCGACGAGUACAGGAGUGGGACGGGAUGGUUUGCCUGGCUGGCUUCUUUCCUUGUCUAUGUUCUGGUGCUUCUCAGCAUCUCGAACGCUCUAUUCACAUUCUGGAGACGACGAUCGUAUCGCCUCUUCGAGCAGUCAGUCGACGUCCCACCACCAACCCCAUCAGCCCAUCGAGUAAAGGUGGACAGCUCGCCCAUGUCUUCUUCACCACUGCGAUACAUGCAGGCGGUAUUGACUUCAGCCACGGCCUCCUCCAGAGCCUACCCUGAUCCCGAACGCGAGGUCUGGGAGCUCAACCUGUGGGAUCCCAAGCCAUUCAACCUCAACAUAUUCACCCUGUUCUCUCCUGGACACAUCGUCAUCUACAGUCUCCUCCUACCGCCCACAGCUUCGGACCCACGGCCUUCUGUCACAGUUUUUACGGCAAUGGCGUUCAGUGCACUGCUCUCGGCACAGUUGUGGAUGCUCAAGGCAUCUUUCAGCCAGCAAGCAAAGGACUCUGCGCUCAUUCAUGGUGAGGUCAUGAACGAAUACGACACCAAAUAUGUGCAUCCAAACCUCAUACGUCCGAUGCGAGAUGUUGGUAUACAGACUCGCGUAGCUGGCAACACCUCUCGAACUAAUCACACACGCGAAAUCGAUGUCUAUACACCCACCACCAUCAUCAAGCGUGGCUUCAGGACACAUCCGAAUCCGAAUUAUGCUCGAGAGUACGACCCAUAUGGUCUAGCUUCACGCCCGGAGGAUUCGAAACGUAACCCCGGGUUUCCGGAUACACCCACCAACGGCUACGUCAACAGAACCACGCAGUCAUACUCGCGACCGAGCACAGCAUUGACUGACUUCUCGUCCCCUCUCAAGCCGCAUCACGAGCGACUGCGCGAGCGGAGUCCGAUCAAAGGUGACGGAGGAAGCAUGGGGGUGUAUAGCCAUGCCGCAAGUCCCCUCAGGAAGGCUGCUAGCAGCAACCAUUUGAAACCAUUGGCAGGCGACCUCAGAAGGACAACACUUGGGAGCCCCCUGAAUCGUAGGAGCGCCUCUGGUCCUGGCGGUGCAGACCCGCUCGAUCUUGCUCGACGUAGAGACACUGGCAGAUUCUGAGUACUUCUGAUAAAGCAAGCUAGCCUUCGAGAGCGCGUAUACCACUUUAGCUGUU